AAAAAAAAUUGACCAAACCGGAGGCCCGGCCCGGCCCGGACCCGGUGGCUACCCGGGCCGGUCCCGGGCCUUCCUUCCCAAAAAAAAGCCCGGCCGGGCCCGGCCCGGAAUCGGCUCGGCCCGGGUCCAUGACUACGUAUGAUUAAAUUUGAUAAUUCUAUCAUUCAUGUUUGUUAAUGUAUAUGUAGAUGUUUUUAUUCACACAAAAAUACAAUAUCACUUAUCAUAUUUAUGCAAAAAUAUAGAUAAAAAUGCAAUUUUUAUGUCUCCGACUAGUCUCCGACUAGGCACCCGCCUAGGCGCUAGGCGUUGGGUUGGCGCCCGACGAGCGCCUAGCGCCUUUUAGAACAUUGAUAAUUAUGUUUUGAUGCAUGAUCAGUUGAUCACUUUUUAAUUAGUACUCCCAAAGUUUAGCAUUGCAGUGAUUUAUAAAACAUGCAAAAAGUAGUUUGGUAAGAUGUAAAUUAAUUACUUUGUGUGCGAAGUGUAACGACGUAAAAGGUUUACACUGUUUGACUUGAUUAUCUAAUGUAAACUAUAGACCAGUUUUUAAAAACAUUUUAUACUUUACCAUGUAAAGUAUUUUACGUGGGAGGUUAUAUACUUUGAGUGCUUUAUUAUACUUUUCGUGCAAAUUAAAAAGAAAUUAUAUAGGAAAAAUUGAUAAGAAUAAUCUCACCUUUCACUUAUCUUCUCAUAAUAAUCUCACCUUUAUAUAAUCCCAGAAUAAUCUCACUUUUGCACCCAAUCUUCUUUCAUUGGGCCCCUUUUUUUGAAAAUCUUAUAUAAAUAAUCUCAUCUUUGUAGAUCAUCAAUAGGUCAGGGUACAAUAAAAGAAGAUGGGGUGCAAAUAGGGCUGAGAAAAAACUCCCAACUCUCAAUCCCGAUCCUGACAUUAUGCAAAAGUAAUUGCUGCAUUUUCAAGAAUGACAAUUGAAGAUUUAAGAAAAUUAUUUUCCAAUCAAACAUACCCUUCUUGGAUUGUCCUCGCACAAAGACAAAAGUUGAAAUGGCUUAAUCGCAAUCUUGAGAAGCUUUGGCCAUAUAUUAACGAGGCAUCAGCAGGAGUGAUUAGAACAAAAGUGGAGCCAACCCUUCAGGAGCACCGUUCCCGCCUUAUAGCUGAUCUCAAAUUUUCUAAAUUGACAUUAGGCACUGUUGCUCCAAAAUUCACAGGAGUUUCAAUAAUUGAUAGUGAUCCUAACGAGAUUAUUAUGGAGAUGGAGGUGCAGUGGGAUGGAAAUCCGCGCAUUGUGCUUGAUAUUAGCACUAAAGUUGGAGUAUCAAUACCAAUAGAAGUUAAAGACAUCAGUUUUACCGGUGUUUUCAGGAUAAUAUUCAAACCACUAGUGGAAGAAUUCCCAUGUUUUGGAGCACUAUCUUACUCCUUACGUAAAAAAGAAAAACUAAACUUCCGACUCAAAGUUGGUGGCAAUAUCUCUACUACUAUUCCUGGCCUACUAGAUGCUCUUAAGAGUACAAUACUAGAUUCAAUUGAAGAUUCCAUCACAUGGCCAGUGCGUCAAAUCAUUCCCAUAGUACCUGGAGAUUAUAGUGAUUUGGAGUUAAAGACAGUUGGAAUACUAAAGGUGAAGCUUAUCCAAGGGAAGGAAUUAACAAAUAAAGACUUCAUUGGGAAAUCAGACCCAUUUGCUGAGGUUUUCAUUCGUCCGCAACGUCACAAAAUCAAGACUAGCAAAGUUAUUAACAACUCAGUAAACCCGAUCUGGAACGAGAAUUUCGAGUUUGAAGUUGAAGAUGCGUCUACUCAACACUUGACUGUAAUGGUUUACGAUGAUGAGGGCAUUCAGAAUUCUGAAUUUAUUGGGUGUGCCCAAACGCAGUUAAAGGACAUUGAGCCUGGAGAAGUGAAGAGUAUAUGGUUGAAACUAGUGAAAGAUUUAGAAAUUCAAAGGGACACAAAAAAUAGAGGCCAGAUUCAAUUGGAGCUGCUUUAUUGUCCCAAUGGCACAGAGAGCACUAUCUAUAAGAGCUAUUCCAACCCUGGACUAAGACUAACUGACUUGGAGAAGGCCCUUCUACCAAAUACAACCACCCACAAUACAGACGACAGUCUCCAAUUUCGGGGCGUCCUCCGUUUGACUGUAAUAAAGGCAGAGGAUUUACCAGCGACAGGACGCCUUCAAAGAUGUGAUCCAUAUGUAUUAAUAAAACUAAAAAAGUCAGAACAUGAGGAAAAAACUAGAAUUGCGACCAAGACGCUUAACCCGGUUUGGGACCAAACCUUUAACUUUGUCAUUGAGGAUGGAUUGCAUGAUCUCCUCAUAUGUGAAGUUUGGGACAAUCACACAUGUCGAAAACAAAAAGUCGGGCGAUGCAUCACGACACUCACCAAAGUUUUACUGAAAACCGAACUUACUGAUUGCUUCGAGCUUGAUGGAGCAGUGACUGGGAAGCUACACUUGACACUUAAAUGGACACCUCAGCCAAUAAUCCUUUGACUGAUUUUUUUGACCCACAACAUUCUCUGAUUGAAAAAAGAUAGACAUCCUUAUACAUGUCUGCCAGAGAUGGCAACACAUAGAUGUCCACACUCCACAGAAGUGGAUAAAGUAAAGCCUAAAAAACAUGGACUUAUAAUGAUGUAACAUGUCAACAACAAUAUUGUUUGAACUAGGGAUGGUAAUAUGAUAAUGGUAUUGAAAUUUGUAAGUAAAUUGGUAUCAGUGUUUUCAAAACUAUGGUAUACAAGAGUACAACAGCAACUAAUAAGAAUUCGCCUACCUUGACCAUAAACCUUGGAUCUUU